AUGCAGGCAAAGAUCUCUGCAUUGAAAGACAAGUUCUCCAACUUCCAAGCCCAAUGGGAGGAGGAUACAAGGAACCGCAUAGACCGGGAUGGCUCCAAGCUGGAUGGUGUUCGGGCGAACAUGAUGAAAGCUGUGGAAUCUGUGCAAACAGAAGUCCACCGUCGCGCUGAGGCGAAUCGUGCGCUGGCUUCCAUGUUUGAUGCCCAGGUGCACGCUCUGCAGGACCGACUGGAGGCUGUCUUUACAAAGAAGCUGGAUCAGCUGGACUCCAGUUUGGAGACCUUGGGGCGUCGCAUGGCCGCUGUGGAGCGGGAUUUCGCGGAGACGCGCGAGAAGCAGAUCCGGGACAUCGACAGGAGAAAGGCCCUGCUUUCGAAGGAUGUCUUCGAAUGCGUCACAGCGCACGAGCAGGAGAAGGGUGACCGGACAGCAGCGUGUGCUGCUUUCACCAAGACGCUUUCGGACUUCGAGGCUCAGACGUCCGCUGCACUCAAAGCUCAGGCACAGCGACGUGAGCAGAAGUACCAGCAUCUCAGGGCGGAGCUGGACAGCAUCAAGCAGCAGAGGGACACAGGGGACGAUACAAUCACCACGUAUAUUGAGCAGAAGGUGGCGGCAGUCGAGGCGCAGCUCCAGUUGGAGACGGCCCAGAGAUCACAGGCCGACGAUGACAUCUUGCAGGCGCUGAGGCACUACACCACGUGCCUCCAGGAUGCCCUGCGCAUCAUCAACCAGCACUGA